AUGUCCUGCUCCAGCCUGUGUGCCCCUUGCGGCUUGGCCUCCACGGCCCCUCUGGCUGACACCUCCAACGAGCCCUCUGUGAGGCAGUGCCCUGACUCCACGGUGGUCAUCCAGCCCCCGGUCACGGUGGUCACCUUCCCCGGGCCCAUCCUCAGCUCCUUCCCGCAGCACAGCUCCGUGGGCUCGGCAGGAGCUCCUUUCGUCGGAGGUGGCUCUGGUGGCUCCUUUGGGGGCCGUGGGGGCUCUGGGGGCUAUGGGGGCUGUGGGGGCUAUGGCCGCGGUUCCAGGUCCUAUGGAGGAGGCUGCGGCCCGUGCUAA